GAGGGUUCAGACUCGCGAGUUUAUCACUUCCUCUCGAGUUUAAGACCCGUCUCACAUCCUGGAUUUUUGUUUCUUUAACCCGUGUGCCCCGUGUUCGCUCAAUUAAACAUUUGUCGAAGCAGAAAAAACAAAAAGGCAAUUAAUUCUCCUCCCCGUUCUCGCGAUAUCGGUAACAAUCGCUCUACACAUUUAAACAAAAAAAUAUAUAUAAGUAAGCCGUCUAUACCAAAGAGAGAAAGUGUAGAGCAAAGAAAAAAAAGAAUCCAAGCCGGAAGAUUCAUCGUCGACGUCUUUGUCCACUCGGGCUCUGCACGUGUGAAAUAACUAUGAUGUAUCUAUCUCAGCUGUCGAAAGCACACGCGUUACUUACGUCUGCCAUCGAUGAAAUAAAGAAAAUAAAAGUGCAUGUGUGUGUUGUACACAAUGACAACGAGGUUGUAAAGACAAAGUGGGCGAGCAUCGCCUCGCGAUUCAUUGUUCAUUCCACGCGUCGAUUGUCAGUCUAAUGAAGAAACAAAAAAAAAAAAAGUAUAGAAAAGGAUUGGAAAUGCCGAUUGUCGCUGCGUUGCGCAAGUUUGUGUAUAUAUGCAUUAAUCCGGAGUAGGUAGGCUGUUACAAGACGAUCGCGAGGGAUCACUUUAAUUCUAUGGGUCUGCAUUUACAUGUACACAUACAUGUAUAUAUAUCAUGGCAACGAGGUGUGUGAGUGUGGGGUGUGUAUCAUUUAAUUGUGAGUCAUUGUUUAGGUUUGGCUAAUAUCUUUUCCUUUUCCUUCUUGCCCCCACCCCCUGACGAAUAAUGAAAAUAUAGCGUAACCGGAUGUAUCAGGGACAUAAGUUUUCUCUCCAAGGUUUUGUAAAAAAUGCCACCACUAAUGCUUGCAUCCGCGAGUUUAAAUGCCGUAUGAUAUCAAAAAAAUGUUCGCCACGCCUCCAAACAACCAAAAAGGGCAGCCAAACAUCAAAGCGUAUAGCUCAUCUCUUUUGUACAAAGUGCAACAGAGGUCCGCAUACGUCUCUGGAAAAAAAAAACACCGAUCCGUAGAUAGUACAGCUCAAAACAUAUACAUAAGUACAAUUAAAAAAAAAAAAAUAAAGUCAAGCGGUCUCGGUGAGGUGUAAGAGGAGUGUCCUCUCGUUGGCCCAAAAAUCGUGGAUCUGCCGAGUCAUGAUGCUAAUGCUACUAUUGUGCGUCAUCAUGAAGAUCGCGGAGGAGCUGACGGUGGACCGAGCCGCCGAUACGAGACCGAUGCCCUGCUGCGGCCAGGGGAGGCUCAGGAUGCGCCGGAAACGCCGGCACAAGAAGCGGGCCUGCGGUAAGACGACCUCGAUGAUGGAGGACCCGCAGACCCCGGGCUCGGACUGCAACUCGAAUCCGGCGAACGAGUCCCAGGACAACCUCAUUGGCUCGGAAUUCAUUCAAGACAACACCGAGUACCAAUGGUUCAUCGAUUACAGAGAUGGGGGGUUACACGUGCACCCGAGCGUACUGUCUUCGCUGUCGGCUUCCUACACGAAGGACGAUCUCGGGUACUACGACGAUCUGGCGCGCAAUCUCGACGCGAACGUUGCCGAGGUCGACAUGGAGAGCUUCAGGACAGCCGACAUACACACGUUGCUCAUGUGCACGGAUCCCACCCAGCAUUCGGAGUUUGAGUUUGAUUAUCCACGGGAAAGGUACGCGAGUAUAUCUGGCUCGGUGAUGGAGAAGCUCGACAUCAGUUCCUCCAUUAGUCCUCGGGUCAGUAGUCAGGGGGAGGACUCGGCCUGCUCGACGACGGACACGAUAUCCAUCUGCAAGUCGUCAUUGCUGUUCUCGCCAGUGAAGGAGAUGCCGGUACUACCACCCGGAGGGAGCUACAGCGUGGAUUCUCUCGAUUGCGAGGACAUGCUCAUCACCUGCCAGACCAACAACAAGAACAACUACACCAUCGCGUUCGAGGGUAGCAUCGCCAUGUACUCGGACGGAUCGCAGGAUUUCGAUAAUCAAGAAGGCAUUGGUCCGCUGUUCGCAGAUAACAAGCAAAGCAGUAAGGCCCACGUGGGUGACAAUCACCACCAAAACGCCUCCUACUGCGACAACAACAAGGCCCUCAACAACUACAAGAACAUGACCCUCGAUUUGUCGAUGGCUCGCUCGGACUCGAAGAUCUACACGACCUGGAGCAACCUAAAGCACUCGUCGAUCGGCAAAACGAUCUCGCGCCAUCCUUCCGGAAAUAACAACACAACGCCAAAUUUUCUCCAGAGCAACAUCAGCUGCACCGCGGGUCUCAGCGUCACCGGAGCUCCGAUUUGUGUGGACGACGUUGGAGCAUCUUUAGAUUUUCUCAAUAAUAAGUCCAGAUGCCAGAGCCUGCCAGACCUUAGCAAAGCUCGUGAACUCGAGCACGUCGAGAUGGUGCCGCUCAAUUUUUCCGUCGACUCGGGUGAGAUAUCCAGCAGCCGUAGCGGUCGGAUGCAGAGUUCAAGCGGCUCGAUAAACGAGGAGAGCUCCGACAGCGUCGGCAACACCUUGUCCUCCAACAACAAGAAGCUCCAGAACAUGAGCCUCGUCCGGCUGUUUAUGAAGCAAAAGAGCAUGAGCACCGAGGGCAUGAGCCUUACCCUCGACCAGACGGACUCUGGAAGCGAGACGGGCUGGCCUGCCAGCAGCCACAACAGCGACAGUGCCACCAACGCCACCCAGAUAUCCAGGCAACAGCAGCAGAGCAUCGGUCCAGUAACGGAUAACGAUUUGGCUAUCAAGUGGCUCAAACCCGAGAACUAUGGUGUCGACUCGAGGAAGAAGAGGUUCAACAAGGGAAGCAGCAAUUGCUCCACCUCGAUGGAGGACCUGCUGUCGGCGAGUGCGACGAGAUCGGUGUCUACGUCACCUGCCGAGCCAAGGAAUACGCAGGUCGACCGCAACACCACGACCAACGCGAGCAUACAGGUGGGGACCGAGGUAGAGGACAAUAGCGUGCAAACGUCGCUGAUCUAUCCAGCGCCCGGCGAGCGGAUAUUAGCCGGCCGGUCCCCGGUGCGCGAGACCCUCGUCAAUGAGAAGCCGGUGUACGUGGUCUACCCAAACUACGCGCUACCGGAUCUUUCGUUCCUCAACUCGUCGUACGAGAACGUGGCACUCAAGCCCCACAACAUCAGCAGUCAAAGUAGCAGUAGCACCAGCACCGGCAAGGGUCAGCACGUUAGACCGGCAGCUCCGCUCGGAGGCCGGCCAUACUCUUGCGGCGACAUCGACGCCCUUAGGCAGCGCGGAUUCUCGCACGUCAAGGACUGGGAGUCGCUGACCUUCCUCCUGCCAGCCGAGUACCGCAGAGUCGUCUUGCACGACCUUCCCGAGGUGCCGGAGCACGUGAAGCUGCUCGACGAGGAGAUGGUGCGCAAACCCCUCUUCUGUCUGUCACCGCCGGUGAAGCAUAGGCACCGACACAGGUACCAGCAACACCGUGACGUCGUCAUUAAUCAUCACCAUCAUCAGAACACCGCGACGGUCGUCUCCUCGAGCAGCAGCACUGCAACCCAGCCGUCCUCCGGCUACCGGGGAUCUUCUACCAUUCUGACCGACUCUUCGUCGAACCAGCAGAACUCGAGCAAUCCCCUCUACCUCUACCGCUAUGACAGCGUUUCCUCCGAGGCGUCGCUACUCGGCCAGGAGAAACUGGCAUCCCGGCAUUCCGGUGGUCGAGCUGCUCCAGUGCUCCCCAAGCGCUCGAUCUCCCUACCCCAGACCAACGAGUCGGCCAACGCUGCUUCGGCUCCUCCGCGUCCACCCUUACCGCGCAGUAUUUUGCGCAAAAAUAGAGCCGCUGCCGCUGCCGCUGCUGGCAAACGAUGCAGCAUGUUCGAGAUGGGCCAGCUGAACGAGGAGAGCGGAAGGACCAGUAGGGCCGGCCAGGAGAGCAAAAGGAUGUCCCUGCAGGAGCCCUACUACAUGAACAACGACAUGCAGGUGCUGAGACACGCGGCUGUCGUUGACUCGGAGAAGGACAUUGACGAAGCCGAGGAGAGACUGAGAUUUGAGAGGAUGAGGGUUUUGGAAGACGAGGGUCUGGUGAGUAGUGGCGAUGACAUGAGACAGCUCGAGGAGUUCCUGAAACGCAGCGGAUUCUCGUCUCACAGCAGCGAUGCCGACAGUGAUCAGGACGCUGACCUGAAGCUGAGAUCUUGCGUUAGGAGGUUCCUUGCCCUCAGGGUGAAUAAGGACAUAUCGAAAAUCAUCGAAGGGACUGAUUUGCAGAAAAAGACCGUUAGUUUUGCUGUCAACGGCAGUCAUCUGGACACUACAAAGCAAAACAUCGGUAUGGACGACAGUAAGGAGCAUCUGAACGUGAGCGAGUACGUUGAUUUAAAUCUGGAGCAACGGAACCUAGAUCUGGAGGAAAAGAAAAAACUCAUAUGGCCGGUGAGCAAAUCAGUGGACGCACUGAUGAACUUCUGGAACAGCGAGCCGGUGCGCAGCCGGCAGGGCUACAACGACAAGAGCGAGUGCUCCCAGCUCUGCUUGGGCCAACUCUGCCCGGCCCUUUACACCAUCAUGUCCGACGGACUCAAGCCACACCUCGGCUCGACCUUCGGACCCAUUGCCAACAGCGUCUGGCAAGUGGUCGAGGCGUCCUCCCAACAGGGACCACUUACAAAGACACUAAACGACCUAGUCCAGAAGAUCAACGGCGAGGACUUUAUCACCGAGGGCAUGCUCAAGUUCCAUGCCUUCGUCUUUGGAUUGCUCAAUUUGCGUGCACUCGACGCUUGGUUCGCGUAUCUGUGCACGCGCGAGUCCAUCCUGCGCAAGCACUACAACAAUAGCAGUCUACUCGUGGGGGCUUUGAGCUGUCCCAACAGCCGGAAUCUCGUCGAGGAUUUCCUCAACAUCCUCCAGCCUCUGGCCUUUUGCCCAUUCCAGCUGGACCUGCUCUACCAGUAUAGGCAGCUGCACAACAGCUUCGGCCAGGCCAACGCCAUCAGCCACCAUCAACCUCAUCACCUCGAGUCAGCACCCAUAACGACGACACCGACCAAGAGCAACAAGGCCCAGACCAGGCCAAUGUCCUGCGGUGGGUUGCUUUACUGUGACGCGAGAUCGCAGGAUCAGGACGAGGAAGUUAAGAGAAGAUGGAGCCAAGUUCCGCUUGGCGCUGCAGCCGCGGCCAAGUUCCACGUUUUUGAGAGGCUCGAGGAUUCAGACGAUUACACUGAUUCCCUCGAACAUUCGCCAUUGAACCGAGCUAGUCCCAGGAGAAACCCUCCCACCAAGCUGCAACAGCAGCAGCCAUCCAAAUUGGCAGAUGAAAAGUCGCGACGAGACAAGGCGAACGACGACGCGUCAGUCGCAGUGGUGUCUCCCGGUGAGAACAAGUUCCGCAAGCUCCAGGAAAAGUGGGAGCACUUUGGCCGUGACGACGUUAACACGACCGCCAUCAGUCCCACCAACACAACCACCACGACCAUUCCCAGCCCGAAAGAUCCUCACGCUCCCGCGUCCCCAUCUACACCCACGCGUUCCGCCAAGUCCAAAAUCCCGCGUCUCCUCCUCACAUCGCCCACCAAGACGCCCUCCAAUCUCCCCGUUCCCGUCAAGUCCGCCAAGUCCCCUUCGGGCAUCCCAUCCCUGAAAAAACCCGGAGUCCCCAAGAUGUCCCCAGCCGCGAAAAAGUCACCGGAACCGAGGAACAACUGCAAAGACUCCCCAAGGCGAACGAGCAGACUGGACCAGGAGAACACGGGCACGCCUAGGCCACACCUAACCAGGCCCAGCUCGCUGCCGUACAAAACGUAUGGCUCGAGCGCCAAGGAGAAGAGCACCGUAUCGCCGCACAGGCGAGCCGCGUCCACCUCCCUCCCGAGGCCCCACUCCAUCGCCGGACCGCCCAGGAACCUACCCCUAAAGCAAACUCCAAAGAGCGUGAGAACGCUGACGAGCAAACCGCAAUCGGUGGACGGCCACCUGUCGUUCAACGAAGGUGACAAGCUCAAGGUGAUCCUCGAGGUGGACGGCAAGUGGUUGCUGUGCGCGCGGGGCGAGCGCAAGGGUUUGGUGCCGCGCAGUUGCGUCAAGCCGUGCCCGACUUAGCAGCCCAAUGGCGCCGCUGGUGUUACUACUCUAGUCCACUCUGAUGCCGGAUCGUCGUCGGCGACUUGUUGUACAUAAUACCUACUUAUAUAUCUUAUACUUAUGAUGGAAAUUGCGAGGAUCGCGCGGGCGGGUGCGAUUUACGAUGAGCUCCUCUGAUGAUGUUGUGUAUGGUAUCGAGGAGCCCUCCGAUCGCUCGUCUAUACUGUAUUUUAAUCGAAAGAGGGGACGGAACUGAGAGCGCGCCCGUGACAAACUAUACAAUAAUAUUCUAAUGCUAUUAUUGCACUUGAAAUGUUGUUAUUAUUAUUAUUAUAAUAUUAUACAUAAAAUAUUAUGUAGACGAUGAUUAGAAAAACAAACAAGAUUUAGUGAUUGGAUGAUUAUGACGUGUUGAUCAUAUGAAAUUAAAUGAUGAUGAUGCUUCGUUUAUACGUAUAUUGACGAAAAUAUAUACAUAGUUUUGUGAGUGAGAGCAAGGGAACAACACGACGUAUAUAUGCAUACAUGUUUUUUAUUAUGGUUAUAGCUGAACUGAUGAUUUUUCGACGGUAGAUUAUUAUUACUACUACAAAUAUUAUUAUUAUUAUGAUUAUUGCCGAUCGAGAGUAAUAUAUGAUAAAUUAUCGUAUUAUUAUCAUAAAGAUUAUUAUAAUUAAUAUUGUAUCGAUCGAGAAUCAAAAUGGGCACAUAUAUGUAAGCGAGGGAACGAUAAAAGGAGUAUAGCCGCUAGUCAAGAAAAAAAAAAAUAAAUUAACAAAACCCUUAUUUGAAGAGAGAAUAAUAAAAACCAGAAUGUAUUUAAUUGAUUCCGAGCAUGCAAUUAUUUAUAUAACCGUAAUGUACAUAAUAUACAGCAAGAGUCAUACACGUAACUUGGGAGAUGAGAGUAAAAAUGAACGAUAUAGAGAUUAACGAUUAGUAAGAAUAAUAUAGAAGAUAAAACAAGAAAACACGAGUAAUAACUUAUAUAAUAUAUAUAUAUUAUAUACUAUGUAUAAAUGUAACUGUGAUGAUAGCUUUUAGACGAAUAAGUUUUCCGACAGAAGUCUUGGAAAGAAGAAUAUUAUUCUACGUAAUCUCUGAACAUACUUAUUGUUUAAAAAAAGAAGAAAGAAAAAUCUCGUACUCUUUUCCCAAUUUUUCGUUGUACAUACGUAGUAAGUAUAUAAUGUUGCGUAUUUUCAAUGGAGUAUUUUAUUUCCCAGUAACCGUCUCGAGAACUUGACAUUAGACGUACGCGAUUAUGGUCGUUUUUUUGUUAUUGCUUUUUAAUGUUAAUUAUUAUUAUUUGGCACAUAUCAGCAAUUCAAAAGCUGUGCUGUAAUUUUUUUCUCAAUUAUUGUCGGGUAUUAUUUUUAUUUCCAUCGUAAUACUGUAAUCUUAAUAAUAAAAAAAGAAAACCAACAAAAAAAAGAAGAAAAAUAAAAUUCAUAAUGAAAAAAAUAGCUUCGGCGCCAUUGUAACACCUAAAAUCAGUACAGGCGUCCUGUGUUUUUUACUCGCUUUGUGUAUUCCUCGGCAUGUGACGAAAGUAGGGAGUAUUACUAAACUAAUAAAAUUUAUCUCAAGCAUUAA